AAUGCGUAUUUAAAUGGUCCCAGUGGGUCGUUUCUUCAGUAUUUUCUCCAGUCAGGAAUGCUCAAAGUGGGAGUGUUGGAGGAAACACUUUGAUUUUACAUCUAUUUCAGCCUGUUAGAGAUGGGCAUAGUCUCCAGAAAGACUGAAUUAAAUAAAGAUUAGUUUUUAUUUCUGAGCUGCAAACAACAUGCAACACAACCUCACAGUAGUCCCUCGAUCUGGCAAACGUUCCAGAACAUUUUUCUACUUCAUAGUUUUGUUUUGUGCUUCGUAUGAGAAAAUAAACACGGUCGGCGCUGGCUCCGACUCUGUUGUCUUUGCAGGAAACAUAACAGUUCUGAGAUCCAGGAGAGUUGGAGGCAAUGACCUGAGGUUACUGUGUUUAGCAGAGUCACGCUUAGGAGAUAUUUCUGUUUGGUGGAGCUGAGACACUUUUCCUUUUUUUAUUAAGAAGGAUUAAUGCUGACAUGCUGGAUGGUUUCCAUCAACAGUUUCAUGCAGUGAAGCUGUUUCUCAUGCUCUGCUAUCAGACAGAUGUCACUGCUGCACAUCUGGACCAGGAGGUGAGACGGACAGAUCAUGGUUUCCUCCAGCUGCUGUGCAGAGGUUACAACUCCUGCUUCAGGCUGCUUUCGAAGCUAAAAACGACAGCGACUCAUCAGACAAACUACGACAUGUUGAGAUCAGGCGUGAACUAACCGUGACGUCACCCGUUGGUUUCAACGCCGAAUAAAGGAAGCCCGGAUUUUGCUACUUCCUGGUCGCCAUUUUGAAUUUUUUGGAGCCAGUGACGUAAAAAGCAUCAGACUGGACCGGAGAGCAACUAGGGGCAGGACCAGUCAGUGGGACUGUCCAUCAAGUAUAGCCACGCCCCCUGGCUCCGCCAACUUUAACGAUUUAUUUAAAAUUCAGUAUUGAUUUAUUUUAAGAUCGGCCACCUGAUCUCUCAUUUUGACCAUGAAAACUAACGGGAAAAAAAUCCUGAGCUGUAGAACAUCAGUCUAUCACAUUUUAUUUUCUCCAAAAAUGAAUUGGGGUCUAUGGAGAAAAAGUUUUUUGGAGCCAACCCUAGCGGACGGCGUGAUAUUGCAAGUUUUUGACACUUCUGUGUGGGCUUCAUUUUUGGAGCCAGAUGCUACGUCCAUCUUUAUAUACAGUCUAUGGUUGAGAAAUUAACAUUCCUCUGUUCUGCUGUGGAUUUAACAGAACCUUUAUCAACAUGUGGGAGAAACACGUGCAUGUAAUUAAUACAAACACCUCAGAAACUCGGAGCACGCUUGAGAUGAACAUUUACAGGAACAGCUGUAAUCUGAUCUUUCAGUCUUUGUGUUUCCAUCAGAGCGUAGCAUCCAACAGCUUCCACCACGACUGGGUCGGACUCUCUGCCUUCCACUAUGAAGUCUGUGCUUGCACUAGGAAUUUGAAAAGAAGAGCCACUGUGGCUCACUCAUAAGAAUAACAAGGAGCCACAAACAGCCACAAAUUUCUGUCAGUGAUAGCAGAAAAAAUGGAGUCAUUUUCCUGCAUUCUGGUGCAUUUUGAGGAAACCGCUCUCACCUUAUAACAUCAAACAACAGACCAAGGAUCUGAUCACAAAGUUAGAAACAAAAUGGAGCAGCUAGCAGCGCUAAAGGGACUAAAGAUCUCCUUCAGUGUGAGUGUGGAGACCAAAACUGAGCUACGAUGGGCUAUUUUAGUGAAGAUAGCAGAAACACCAGUCCAGAUGAAGCUGAAGUUCUCCUGUCUCCAGAACUGUCCUGCUGCCAAACUCUGCUCGGAUUCCUCCUCGUCCAGCGCACGACCUCACCUCGGCACAUCUUCUCUCCUCAAGCUCCGGCGCCACCAGGACUUCCACUGCAGCUUCAGACGCACUUGGGCUAAAUUUCACUCGACGAGGAAGAACCUGAUAGUUUGUUCAGCUUCAGCAGCAGCUCAGACCGAAACCAUGAGCCUGAAGACGGACGCAGAACCGAACAACAACGUUUCCAUCGAGGAGGAGGUACGAACUCUGUUUGUCAGCGGCCUGCCGGUGGACAUCAAACCUCGAGAACUUUACCUGCUCUUCAGACCUUUUAAGGGUUAUGAAGGGUCACUGAUUAAGUUAACGUCCAAACAGCCUGUCGGGUUUGUAACCUUCGACAGUCGAUCUGGAGCUGAAGCUGCUAAAAAUGCACUGAAUGGAAUCCGUUUUGACCCCGAAAGCCCCCAGACCCUGCGCUUAGAGUUUGCUAAAGCCAACACGAAGAUGGCAAAGAGUAAGCUGAUGGCCACACCGAACCCCACAAAUAUCCACCCCGCUCUAGGAGCUCACUUCAUUGCACGGGACCCAUAUGACCUGACGGGGGCAGCGCUGAUCCCAGCGUCCCCGGAUGCCUGGACCCCGUACCCCCUGUACACCACGGAGCUGACCCCCGGCCUGCCCCACGCUGCCUUCACCUACCCAGCAGCCGCCGCCGCUGCUGCCGCCCUCCACGCCCAGGUGAGGGACCAACCGAUGCGCUGGUACCCCACUCCCUCUGAGACUUCCCAGCCUGGAUGGAAGUCCCGGCAGUUUUGUUAGAUAUUUAGCCUCUGGAAACCACACCUUUGUCCAGCUGAAGUGAGGUUUGCCGAGCUCUUCGUUAAUUUAAUCAGGUUUAUUUAAUGGACAGAUGUGCAUUAUUAUAAACAAUCAGUAUUUAUAUCUCCUCCCGAUUGUCUCUGGGGGGAGUCUGAGUUAAACCCAUCUUGCUGUCGACAAUCUAAGCUCAUCCUUGGCAACUAUCGCGGUACCAUCUUAGCACUUCAAAAUGAAAGCCUCAUGCAAAACCCGUUCAAACUCCAUGGAUCAUACUUGCUGAGGGAAAAUUGCCGCAUUUGAAGUUACCGUUGUUAAGCUAGUCCUUCCUCGGGUGGCCGCUGCUCUGGGAGGUUUAGAAGCGUUAAGUCUUUGCAUGUUCAAGUCUUUUUGGCAUGAAUUUAGAACGCAGAGUUCUGUGUAUCCUAAUUUUCUUAGUGUUUGUGUUGCCGUGUUCUCGGCCUAGACAGCAACAUGUUUUGUUUUCUGUAGAACCUUGGUCUUACCUCUGUGGACGCUAGGCUGUUGUGUAAAUGGCUUAUCUCGCAUGGACCUUGUGAAUGCAUCCCUGACGUUCUGACAAUCCCAGUCCUGAUGAUCAUAUCAAUGUCUGUCAUUAUUUGAGCAAAAAAGGAAAGUACAAAUGUUUUUGUACUUCUUUUUGCGUGAUGUAUAUUUAUGCAUUUUUGUGCAACUAAAUAAUGAACCUGUAUAAGUUGGAUGUUUAGUCGUCUCUUGUGUUCUUUGGUGUUAAUUUUUUGAUCCUAUAAUCUUGUUGAAGUAGUUUUAAAAGUGCAAUUUGUUUAAAGGGGAAGUGGGUAUCUGUCAAAAUAAAAUAAAAAAUGAAUGGAAGUAUUCUGAAGGUGGCUUGUGCCAUUCUGCUAACAUGAGAUUGCUGUAAAAGGAUCUUUCCAGAAUGUGAAACUGGACUACAAACGUGACGGGUUGCUUUUUGGGGGCCAUUUUGAAAUGGGAAGCAGGAUUAGACUGAUGGAGGAAUUUAGUUUGUGGUUUAGAAACAUGUUUGUCUUUGUAUCUGCUGUGCAUAAGAUGUAAAAAAUAAUAAUCCCAUCUUAUGAAUAAAAGUGAAUGCAUA